AUGUCUUUACCUAUGGAGUGGCAGACGACUACUCAUCCCAACGCUUACGAUAUCGAGAGAUCAGCAGUUAUCACGGUACUGAUCCCGAACCUUCUCGAAAACAUCGUGGGUAAAUGGCUUUGGGAUACUUUUGGGGAAACAGCAUUCUAUGAGGCAGAUAAUGACCGGGGCGCCGGUUAUUGGAAGGUAACCGCGCCUAGAAGGAUAACCGACAUUGAGCAACAGAAACUGAGAGACAAGCCGACGAGAAGACGGCGAUCCUCUGCGCGAUGA